AUGAAAGUCCUCGCAGUUCUACUGUUUCUCUCCGUAACUCUUUGUUUCACAACAAGCGCAUCAGGUAUAGCUGACAGACUUUGGUGGAAAAAGGUUCAGAUGUUUUUGCUACCCUUAGAGACUUUUGUUGACGAUGACCAUGAGAGCUCAUUCGUGUAAACGGUGGCUCGAAAGUCUUCGCUGUUCUGAAAUUACUUAACGUUAGCGAUGAAUUGUUGUUGUUGCUCUUUUUUAAGGUUUAGAGUUUUAAGAUUUCUAAGACAGCAACUGACUUGAUGAAAUCAACCAGAGGGUGUCGCGUGUCGUUCGCUUUUCCUUACUUUUGAAAUUGUUUACCUGGAUAACCUUAGUUUGCUGAGGUGCCCAAAAUUACUCAUUUAAGUCGCUAUAAAAGGAAUUAAGUUGCUUUCAGCCAAUCUUGAAUCAUUUAAUAUUUUUAUAUCUAGCUUUGCCAAGGAGUUCCAAACGAGAUCCUCGUGGGAUACUGGAAAACAUCGAAAAUGCGUUUGGUAAGUUUAACAAGAAACUAGGGUCAUGAUAACUUAGGAAGUUCAACACGUUUUCGCUGUUUUCAGUUCUUAACUUCGAGUUGGUUUGAGAAGCAACCUUUUUCGGGAGCAAAAUUAGCUGCACGCAUGUUCGCAGGCAUUAUAAACGGAAUAAAUGUUUUUUCAUGCGAUUUUUCAAUCGUUUUAUUCUACAUUUUCGUUUGCGAUUUUAUAGCCUAAGAGUACCCACCCCCACCCCCCCACCGGAAAAAAACGGGGGGGGGGUACGUCGCCCGAGGUAAUUGUUAUUUUGUCAAGCAUUUUUUUCACGAGCCUCUUGCAGGAAAGACUGGUCAACCCCCCCUUCCACCCCCCUCCUCUCUCCGACGUCUCGCCUCGUUAUCAUCCGUUAUCAUUUAUAUGUAGUUAAAUUACACGUUUUUGAUUCAUUCCCAGGCAACCCGUGCCCCAAUGGUUGGACACGCUUUAACAACUACUGUUAUCUGGUGAGCACUACCUCUACUUAUUCUUGGUCCCAAGCUCAAGCGCAUUGUCGCUCGCUAAGUGCAGAUCUGGUCAAGAUAAACAGUGCUGAAGAAAACGAGUUUGUCUUGAGUCUCGUCAGGAAAUUGGCUCCGUCUCUGAAGCAAAUCUGGAUCGGAUUGAAGUGGAAUACAAACGGAUUUUACUGGAUUGAUCUUUCAGUUCCGGUUUACAAGAAUUGGGCCCCUCAGCAUCCGAAUGGCAACGCAAACGAACCAUGCGUUCAAAUGUGGAUCAAUAAUGGACAACAUCUGCCCAAGUACGCAUCAGGCUACUGGAAUGAUAUAGAUUGUCAUUACCGGUCAGAUUUCCCAAACGGAAUUGUCUGCAAGAAACUGCCUUAAAUGACAAUUUAUCCUGUUAACAAAGUCUUUAGACUGUGUGACUGGUUGAUUGAGUAUAAGUGAUUGGGUGACCGAGUGACUGACUGACUUACUGACUGACUGGCUACCUGACUAACUGACUGGCUGACUAGCUGACUUACUUACUGGCUGCCUGACUGAUUUACUUACUAACUGACUUAUCACGACUAGUUGACUUCAGUACUAGAAUGAUCUAAUGACGCCAAGACUGUAUUACCUAUUAACACUGAAGCACUGAGUGACGAGCACAACUGACUCACUGACUGCAUGACUGCCUGAUUGAAAAAAGUUCUCAUUAACAAUUUGAGUAUUUAGUAGUCUUACGCCUUUCAAGUGGAAAAUAAAUGACAGCCUG